AUGGCUUGGAUUUAUCACAUGCUCAACAGCAAAGCAAAGAAAGUACAUACUAUAAAACAAAUGGGUGCCGAAGAAUCAAGACAAUGUCCACGGUGUAAAGUUUGGUUGACAGAAUCUAACAUGGCAGAACAUUUGAAGAAUUGUGAACGAUUUAGAGUGACUGGUAACCGCCCCGAUGGUGCUACAAUUAUAAUUGAGUAUACAGGUCCAGCUGGAAGUGGACACAAUCUAGCCAAGAUGCUUACUUCUGGUGCGACAAAUAGUUUAACAUAUCAGAAAUAA